CUUUACUACUGCGGAAAGCGCCCCAUUACUGUCUACGUGGCAAAUUUCAUCGUACCACUUGCCCCCCGAGCUGUCUCCACCACCUACCAGUCUCAGGCUCUGUUUUGUCGUUUCCACGCGUAAUCCACGGCUCGCUGUCUUCAGGCUUGAGAUUUCAAAUUCAGAUUGAAUCGAAAGGCUGGUUUUAUUUGACCAUUUUGAUUCGAUUCUAUUGAUUCCAUUUAUUUCGGUUAUUGAUAUUAUUAUUGAUAUUGCUGAUUUUGUUCUGAUUCCCUCUGUUGGUUGAUUUUAGAUAGAUCGAUUUCUGAGAUCUGUUCAAUCUUUGAUAUUAUAUCAGCAUCACUAAUAUUGCACCGAUCAUUCUUGUUGGUUUUUAAGUUGGCAUUCUUUGGACUACAGAAUCGUUGCUACAAUUAUUCGAUCCUUUUACCGUCGUUACUGGCUGACACUUCCUACUAAAGUUCUACACAAGAACCACUACAUCACUACAUCACGUAACACAUCACAACCAAUCAUCGUAUACAACUUUGAUUUCACAACACCACACCAAUCAAGUCACUAGCUUCACUUUUCGAUAUCAAGUUGUUUCAUAAUGCCUCCUAAAAAGUCGGGGAAAAAGCAGUUUGCCCCAAAGGAACGAGUGUUUGCCAAAAUGUCUGGCUAUCCUCAAUGGCCAGCGUUCAUUACUCCGGCCGAAUUGGUGCCUAAAGCCGUCAUGAAACACAAAAAGAAGUCGACAGACUACUGUGUAAUGUUUAUACCAGAUGGAGACUUCUACUGGAUGUCCGACAAGAGUUUGGAGAUCUUGACUCCUGAGAAAUUGGCCAAGGCUCUUAAAGACGUCCCAGACGACGUCAAGAAAAACGUCAAGAACAAGAAAAAAUCAGGAAAACAAAGCAACAUAAAAGAGGCUAUAGCUGCAACUGAUGGCUUGGACUUUGACACCUUCAUCGGCAACGUCUUCAAACAAGACAACGACUUUGAAGACGACGACGAUGACGAAGAGGAAGAAGAAGAAGAAGAAGACGAUGAAAACAUAAAAGACGUUGCAGGAGUAGAAAACGAUGCUGCUGAAGAAGAAGAUGUACAUGAAACCGUGGAGGAACCUUCUACUGAAGAUGGUGAAGAAUUAGAUGCAGAAGAGCCCGAGAAGGCCGAAAAAGCCAGUUCUGCUCCAGAAACAAGACGUAAACGAGGUCGUAACGGUACUGUCAAACAGGAACUGGCCGAACCUCCAUCUAAGAGAAAGCGUCCUAGCACUCCCGUACAAAAAAAAGAGUCUAAUGGCAAAGACCUCAAAGUCAAAGCUGAAACACCCAAGCCAAUCAGCGAUGAAGAGAAACAGCACCAAUUAUGGCUAUGUAGAAUCAAACUCCAGCGCUCUUUGAUCCAAAGAAACCAACCCACGACUCCCAAAGAUACAACAGGACUUAAACCUCCUACUGCGGAUGAGUUGCUGGUGGCCCGUCUCAUUUUAUACCGGUUGAUAGACUUCCCUAUUAGUGUGGAGUUAUUGCGUAAGACGAAAAUCCACAAGGUUUUGAAGUGCAUCUUGCGAGACGAGUCCUUAGCAUACCCUGACAGCUUCAAGUUGCACGAGAGAUGCCAUGAGUUGUUGACCAAGUGGAACUCAGUCAUACAAGACUUGAAGCUGGAGAAGCUGACCAAAGACUACUCCAACACAAGCUCACCCUCAGUGUCCUCUUUCAAAAAUGGUGACAAAAUCAAGUUGUCUCAGUUGACCCAGGAUGACUCGGAAGUGUCAGGAAUAGAACACUCGUUGGUCGACAAAAAGGACAUUGAUGGCGACGACUCUGAUGAACAAAACCAGCUGUCGGAAAAACAAGAAGAAACCCAACCUCCCAUAGAAAAAGCUAAUGAUGUACCGGUUACAACCUCAGUGGAGGGAUAGGUAUAGUAUACUUAAGAUCAAAUGAUUUUGUGCUUAAGUUCGUACACAUCCUUGUAUUCUUAAGCUAUGCGUUUUCGUUUACACUUGUACUUGAUGUUGGAGUUGCGCCGAAAUCCGAUCCAGUGCUAUUAGUGAUAGAGAUAGCCCGCACGCGAUCGUCUGUAAGAUUACCGUUUUUAUCCAAACCAGACAAAAAUUUUAUCAGAAAAGAAUACUAUUAACCAAUGAUGACAAACAGUGUUCCAAUGAUACAGAGUAGUAGAGGAUAUCUUUUGUUGUGUUGUUUGGUCAUGUUCACAUUAUGUGGCUUCCAAACCUGCAUCUCUGUUUCUGCUAUAUAUAUACUAUAUAUAUGUGUAUUAUUAAUCUACGAAUGUAAUGGAUUG